GUUGAACACUCCAGGAACUGAUGACCAGAGUAAAGGGCAUGCCCUCGCUACUGCCAAAAUCAGCGCUUAUCAAGAUUUCAAAAAACUCUGACAAAACAUUGCAAAAAAAUCAUCAAAUGUCAAUACAGGGUGGAAGAUACAGAAGUUAACUAUUUCUCCCCCUGAUAUAUGACCAAGUUCCACAUGACUUGAACAUUUCCCCAAAGCUAUGCAGGAGCAAGGACACUCCCUUUCUACAUAGUGGAUGACUCAACUCUCUUUGGUACAUUCCUUGACUGAAUGCUACAAGUUCACUAACUCCUUUUGCCCUUGGAACCAGUUAUCCUACUCUCUCAGUAACCAACUAAUGGGUUUGGCACCAACUUUUCAGUCAUUUACAUAUUGUUGCACCCCAUCGGUCUCAAAAAGAAAUUAAGAGAAAAAAAAAAAAAUCUAACCAAAACAAAAACUUGAGUAACAGUGACUCCUAUAGAAAAGAUUUUGUUAUUCUAGGAACUGAUUCCUAAACAAAACACCUACAGCUUUCCAAUGCUCUAAUCUUUGUAUCUUCAGGCUUUUCCAGAUUUGAUAUAGAGAGAGCACUGGCAGGAAGUAAAGGAGUGUACCGUUGGAUUAAGGUGACAACGGAUCUAUACUUGCAUGGCUAAACAAAAAGGUACCGGGCUGGGAGGGGAAAACGCAUUUUUAAAUGGGGGGUGUGUGGGGUAGGGGAGUUGCCAAGAGUGAGUAAUAGCUUCCUUCGCAGCUGACUUUAGCCAGUUAAGUGUCGGUACAGCGACUGGGCCAACGUUAGGCCUGGUUUCACCACAUUACCCUGCAGUGCUGCCCAGAUGAGAUUACGAAUCCGCGUGAGGCAGAAUCUGGAAGGAACGCGCCGGCGCCACACCCUCCCGCCCGGCCGCCCGCUCGCACUGACAGCCCGCGCGGGUGCGGGUCCCGGGCCUGUGAGCCGGGGGCCCCGGAGGACCCGGCCUGCUGCCCCGCCGCCGCCCCGCCCGCCCCCUGCCCCCCCGAGGCCCGCCCCCAGAGCAGACGACCGAGGCCUAAUCGCCGCCUGGGCUGCAGGGCCUAAAGGAAGGGGCCGGCGCUGAAGAGGGGGCGGCCACGCCGCCGCCGCCUCGGCUACUCAGCGAGGCGGCGGCUUCCGCGGCGCCGGGCUCCGGCUCUCCCGCUCACGUGCUCCUGAAAGACGGUUUCACU